AUUGAGUAUCACACACAUUACAUUCCAGCAUAGCAGAGGAGGAAGAUGGAGGUCACCGCUCGCUGUGUUGCUGUGCUGUCCCUCCUGCUCCUAUCCCAUGUCCUGAUUGCCGUUCGCUCACAGGAGGAAGAAGAGGCCGUGCAGGAGGAAGAGCUGCAGGAGGAGGACCAGCAGGUCAUUGAGUCAUGGACCAGGACAGUCAAAGCAUGCACCUGUGACUGUGAAGCUGCUGACUCACCCACAGGUAUUCCUGCCGCCAUUACUCCUGAGCCUCCAACCUCGCUGCUGCCCCCGUCGCUUCAGACUCACCCAAUGACCUGCAUGCCAGAAUGUCCCUAUCACAAACCCCUGGGCUUUGAAGCUGGAUCUGUGACAACAGACCAGAUCAGCUGCUCCAAUCAGGAACAGUACACCGGCUGGUACUCCUCCUGGAUCCCCAACAAAGCUCGCCUUAACAACCAGGGCUUUGGGUGUGCAUGGCUUUCCAAGUUCAAUGACCAGUACCAGUGGAUUCAGAUUGACCUGAAAGAGGUGGGUAUAGUGUCUGGCAUCCUCACCCAGGGCCGCUGUGAUGCCGACGAGUGGAUUACAAAAUAUAGCAUCCAGUACCGCACUGUUGAAACGCUCAACUGGAUCUACUACAAGGACCAGACGGGCAACAACAGGGUGUUUUAUGGGAACUCUGACCGAUCCUCCACUGUGCAGAACCUGCUGCGCCCACCUAUUGUGGCUCGCUACAUCCGCCUGCUGCCUCUGGGGUGGCACACCCGCAUCGCUGUGAGGAUGGAGCUGCUCAUGUGCAUGAGCAAGUGUACCUGAAGUGCACCGGGCACCUCAGCCUGCUUCGCCCACUGUCCACCCUUCCCCUGCCAACCUCCAGUCACUCGCCAAAAGGGGGACAUCUUUUUUUUCCAACAUCUCUUCUUGUGGUUAUGACCUUGUUAUUUUGAUUUUGUCUUCAUCUUUGCUGAAGAUGUUCUUUGGUGAAGCAAAAGGUAAAAUAAUUGUGGGCAAGUGAUAUUUGGUGUCUUUCGAUGUACUCUAUUGUCUGUCUUUGUGUCUGUAUGAAUUAUAUUUCAGUGUUAGAAUGACUAUUUCAGUGCACAAUUCACAUUCCCAAGUCUUUGAAAUGUACAACAUUGUGGGUACCUAUGUCCUUCAAUAAAGCGACAGUGGUGAAAAGAAA